UGCUGCCGCUGACUGCAGUGAGACUUUGCUCAAGUUGGGGAGUUUGAUUCACAGCAGCAAUGAUUUGGAAAAAAGCAAACAGAAUUGGAUCAGUCUACCAAUGACUCCUUUACACUGCAAUUCUGGCCAAACCAGGAUUUUGUUUGGAUUAUCCCCAAAAAUGUGGACGACUCUUGGUCUGAUUCUUUACAUAUCCAUUUCCUUUUUGCCUGCGAGCGCAAUGUAUAAUUUACAAAAUAAUGGAAUCAAAGUGCUGAAGUCCCGUCGUGUCAGUGGUGUAGAAGAAUGUAAUCUAACUUGUGACAAUGUAGCAGACCAAGAUGGCUUGGAGUGUAACUGGGUGGUGAUUGAAGAAAAACAAAACCUCUGCUUUUAUUUACACUGUCUUGAUAUUCAGAUCUGUAAAGGAGUGUCCGUGGAAGAUGUUAAAGCUUUGCAAAUAGGGCAAGGUUUACCAAUCAAGAUGUUUUUAAAUCGUGUACAAAGGACUAGAAUAAUUAAUAAAAGGCUUCCAAGAAUCACUCCAAAAAAUAAAACUAAAUCAGAGGUAACAAUUUCAGCGUCUUCAAUGAUCACCACUGUACCAACUGUCACCGGGACAGCCACAGACAUAAUCACGACUACAGUAACACCAGCUGUUACCAAUACAACCACAGCCACAAUCGCGACUACAGUAACACCAACUGUCACCAGUACAAUCACAGCCGCACCAGUGGUUACCAGUACAACUGCAGCCACAAUGACAACUACAGUAACACCAGCUGUCACCAGUACAGCCACAGCUGCAAUAACACCAACUGUCACCCAAACAGCCACAGCCACAGCUACAAUGUUACAAGAAGUCACAAGUACAACCACAACUGUUAAUGUCACAUUGACAGCUUUAAAUACUUCAGGUGCUCUACCUAUAAAUGCAGUGAUUACAACAGCCCCCACUGCAAAUAAUUCAUCAAUAAAUGUCACUGAACCAACUCCAAUGAUAUUCACAUCAUCAACUGAAUAUACCACGCAUCUCCCCACUAGCUCAGCAAAAAACAAUCUACCAAUGUCAACUGGACAGCAGACUACGUCAACAAUUGUUCAUCAAACUACAAUGGCAAAUGCAUCAACUACAAAACUCAAUAGUAAUUCAAUUGCCUCUGAAACUUUCCCUGAAACUACUACAAAGCAAAUGCAUUCCUUGAAAAUAUCAACCCCCAAAUCAACCACCAAAACCCUUAUGUUGACUGUGAUUCCAACAAAUGGGUCGACGACACAGGAAGCAACAACGCAGCAGAAACAAAGAGAUACAACCAAAGUGAGUAGUUCAACCCCUGGAACCAUGCCCACAUCCACAGUGGCUGGAGAAGCAUCAAAGCCACCAGAAAUAAAAUCCAGAACUACACUUGCUUUUAAUGAUGGGAAGAAUUACAUCUUUCCUUCAGUGCCUGCUGGAUCCCUAAUCAAGUAUUUAGCUGAUACCACUUCAUUAAUAACUAUACUAAUAUUUGGGCUGCUGUUUCUCUUAGUGAGUAUUCUAUUGUUUGCUCAAAAAGCAUUUGAAAGCUAUAAAAGGAAAGACUACGUGCAAGUGGACUAUUUAAUUAAUGGAAUGUAUGCAGAGUCAGAUAUGUAAGAAAAAGGAAAGUUAGAAACAUAGGAAACAACACUUCUUUACAGUAAUGGGAACGUUUCAUCAAACUAAGCACAUCAGUAGAAAAUAUGGUGUGGAUCAAUUGCAACUUGUGCCAUAAGUCAAACAGUACUGUCUCGUUCUGGAACCUUCUGUGGGGCUUUCAGAGGAUCAGUUGCCUGAGUAUUCUUCAUGAAUUUCUGCAUGUUACUAUGUUGAAAACAGGUACUGUGAUUCUAAUUUGGGCUAUCUUAAAAUUGAUUGCACUCUUGUUUGUUAAUAUUGAUUAAAUAUUUUGGGGACUGCCCUCCUUCUGGCUAGAUUGCAACAAAAAAAAUACUGCUUCAGCCACUGUUUCAUUUUUUAAAAUGUCCUUGGUGUAUUUUUGAUCAAAAAGGAAUUUUGCAAUAAAAUAAGUUUUUAAUGAGAAAAAUGCAUUAACCUAAAAUGACCUUCCCAGUAAUACAGUGCAAAAAACAAUGCUACUUAACGUCGAGCCAGAAUGUACAAUUGUAAUGUAUCACUAAGUUUUCUUGCCUUAAAAUUUAAUUUUUUUAAUCCUACAUUUCUGAAAUGUACAUCCCUUUUCUCGGAGAUGCUUGUGUAUAAUUUUUCAAUUCCUAUGCAUAAGUUCAUCAAAUAACUUUUAAAAUAGCUCCUGUAUAUUAAUUACUGAGAUACUAUUGUAUCCCACUGCUGCAAAUGCCCUGCUUUUCUGAACUACAGUAUUACCUUAAUGGAAGACUGAAUCUGAUGUACAUAAAAGUACAAAGCUCACACAAUUUCACUUGUACUACUUUGGCAUAUGUCUUUCACAACAGUGUCUUAACAGCAACUUAGUCACAUCACAGCAAAAUCCAGCAGCUGCCAGGUCAAAAUUGCCACAUGUUGGAUGUCUCUUGCUCUUCCCAGCACUGACACAAAUUCUCAAGACAUGGAAUGUGUGUAGCAUAUGAAGCAGGAGACUAUGUUACAGAGACUUUGCGAAAAAUGGAUGCAUUCCAUAAGCAAGACUAAAUAGUAAGAUUGGGAUCAGCAGCACCCAUUUUUGAGUGCUAUAAGACCCUUUACAGUUCUAAAAUAGUUUCUGCAGUAAAGGCACUUUUCCCAUACUUGUUAAAAUUUUCAGUAAUCUAUAUGGUGUGAUCUGGCUGAUGCUGGACUACUUUUUUGCUGACUUAAUGGUUUGUACACAAAACAUGCUAACAGACAUGGUGGCCAAAUAUAGCUUCCUCUUGGAAUGAGCAUGAUAACUGGGCGAAUGAGCAGAAGCCACAUAGAGCAGGACAAACUGCCAGAAGAGGGAGGAGGAGGUGAAGAAGAGCUUUCAGCAGGAGGGCAUAACUGCAGAAGGUGUUUAGGAAGCAAAUCUGUUGAAGAACAAGUGCUUGAGAGCUGUGAAGCCCCUUUACACACUGGUAUUCAGAGUCAUGAUGGCAGCUGUCUACUGAUGUGCUUAGUUUGAUGAAACGUUUCCAUGGCAGCACCAGGCAUUAGGUGGGUGUUGCUUGGGUUGCACUUGAGGCUGAGAUAUCAGCUACCAGUUGCUGCAUCGUGAUUGGGUCCAUAGGUGUGUUGAUGGAAGUGGCAACCUGUUCCAUGUUGGAAAGAAUUGCUUCCAAGGUCUGCACAAAGCCUUGUGCCAACUUGAUGUUAGACUCCUCUAUCCUCCUCGACAGUGAACACAGGCUUUCUGUCAGACUUCCCAGUGCACCAACAUUUGGGUGUGCACAGCCAUCAGCUCUCUGUGGUAGCCUGCCCAAUCAAAGACAUCAUCUGAGUCCUCCUGAAGUGCAUGACCUCUGGUGAACUGACACCUAUGCUAUCCCUCCCCUCCUGCCCUGUUUCACCCAUGUUCAGAUCCUAUCUCUAUCCUAUCCUCUUAAGCUACACAAAGUGUCAAUAUCAGGGCUUGUGACUGUGAAAUCAUCUGAUGAUGUGUCCUCAUUUUCACUAUUUUCUCCACUGCCUAGAUAGGUUGCAGUUCUUGGAUAUCCGAAAGGAAAGAGGUAUAGGUUUGGUUUGUGGUGAGGGAAGAGGGGAGAGUAAGAAAUGCAUGCUAUAUCAACAGUUUCUCAGUCAGAACAGACUGCGGGAUGAGGGAGAAGUGGGAUGGGAGAGGAAGGAUUAGGUAUGAAGAUACUGCCAUCCUCAAUGGUUUCAGCCCUACCGAUGGCCACAGCAUCAGCAAUGACCUUUCUUGUGAUAUUAGCACCAUCUUCUCCAAGGGGGUUUGAUCAUGCAGGCAUGCCUCUCCCCGUUUGUUAGUUACUGCUGCUUCCAAUUGUGUGCUACCUUCUGAGAGAGGGGUCAUAGCUGUCAUAGGAACAGCUUAUGGUGUGUGCAAGUUGCGAAAUGUGGGUAUGAGGCUUGCAACAGUGCUAAAUAGCCAGGCCUGUGAGGGUGAGGUGAAGUACAUGAAUGUUAGGGAUGAAUACUGAUUGUUAGGGAUUGUUAGAGAGUAGGUGAGCGACUGGGGUGUGGAAAAUUGAGCAGUGGCUGAAAUUAGUGGUGCAGUGGUAGGAUGUGUUAUUUAAAGGUACAUUCACUGACCUUGACCAUUCAAGUGAGAUCAUUAAACUUCGGAAAAGUUAUAUCCUUCCCCAAUGCCUCCCCCAUCCGGCUGGGAAUUUAAAAAUUCACAUUUAGAAAGUGCCUUCCACAGCCUCAGAACUAAAGCACUUCACAGCCAAUUAAGUAUUUUUUGAAAAGUAGUGAUUGUAAUGUAGGCAUGUCCAGAAAGACAGUGCAAACAGCAAUUGGAUAAUUGACCAGAUAAUCUGUUUUGGUGUGCUGGCUUCCUUUGUGUUCUAUUAGUUUAUUCCAACAGUGUUUUCUUUCCUUCUCUCCAGUAUUCUCCCAAUGAGCUAUCAUCAGCCCCCAUCUCUUUGUACAUGCUGCCCCUCGAUGACAUCAUUUAGAGGCAUUGGGUCAGAUUUUACAUGUAUGCUGAUGAUACCCAGUUCUAAUUCUCCACCACUUCUCUUGAUUGCCUGAAUGCUACCAGACUGUUUAAUUUGAAUUUUCGCAGAGAGGGAAGGGCUCUGCGCCUUAGCCCAAAUUGCGCUGGAGCCUUAAUUCUGGAAGCCCUGCCCCCAAAUCUGACACCUACCAUUUUUGCCAGGGUGGGAGAGGAAAUGGAGGUGGGUUGAACUUUGCACAUCCAUGGUUCACAGAGGCACCUGCACAUGUAAAGUGAGCUACCUUCAAACAGAUCCAAUUUUCGUUACUGGGGUUUCCAAAACAAGACUCAUGGGUUUUAGACAUUUGAGGAAAAGGUCUAAUUCUGCUGGAGUUAUUUGGUGUGGCCAGGUGCAUAUUUGAAGAGAUCAGGUAUCUCUUUGGAAUUGUUAAGGAUUGACAUAAAUGUGUGUAAAAAGUGGAUAAGCUCUGUGGAACUAUCAAACUGUCAAAUAAUUUAAAUCCACAGACACUUUAAAUUUUUGAAAUAAAACAUCCUGCCUGCUGCAGUUGAA